ACCCCCGCCGCGCGAGACAUCGCGAGAAGAGCGCGCUUCCCCUGUUCUUUUGUGAAAGCUCGCGAGAGAGGCCUCUCUCUCUUUCCCUUUGACUCUGGCCCAGCAAGAUGCCUUCCAGACUGAGGAAGACCAGGAAACUGAGGGGUCAUGUUAGCCAUGGCCACGGCCGUAUCGGCAAACACAGGAAGCAUCCUGGAGGCCGUGGUAAUGCUGGGGGUUUGCACCACCACAGAAUUAAUUUUGACAAAUAUCAUCCUGGUUAUUUUGGAAAAGUUGGUAUGAGACAUUACCACUUGAAGAAAAACCAGCACUUCUGUCCUACGGUGAACCUGGAUAAACUCUGGACACUUGUUAGUGAGCAAACAAGACUGAACUAUGCCAAAAAUCAGGCGGGAUUAGCUCCAGUUAUUGAUGUUGUACGCUCGGGUUACUACAAAGUCCUGGGCAAGGGGAAACUGCCCAAACAGCCUGUAAUCGUGAAAGCAAAAUUCUUCAGCAGAAAGGCAGAAGAGAAAAUCAAAGAAGUUGGUGGUGCCUGCGUGUUAGUGGCAUAAAGGAUUUUUCUAUGUAUCCAGGCUUCAAUAAACACAAUUUCAGCUGUGUAUUCAUAA